AUGCGUACAGCUACCUCAAGGAAGGUCGUCGAACUCCUUGAAGAACGUGUGUUCUAUAUGUUUGGUGUUACCCAAGUGAUAAUCUGUGACAAUGGGGGCCAAUUCAGGAGCCGGGAAUUUAUGACCAAAAUGGAGCAGCAUCGGGUAAAGGUUUGGUUCACUCCGUUAUACCAUCCGCCGCAGGCCAACCCCACUGAACGAGUGAAUCGUGUGGUAAAAACAAUGAUGGCGUCGUACGUGCGGGAUAACCAGAGGACCUGGGACAAGGAGCUGCCGCGUCUGGCAUUUGCCCUGAAGACAGCGGUGCACGAAGGGACCGGAUUCGCCCCGGCCUACCUUAACCGUGGAAAGGAAUUGGCGAGGUCAGGUGAGGAUUACGACAACGACCUGGAGAAUGAUGGUUUAGGUCUAGAUGUGAACAGAACGGAACAUGAACGCAAGUUGCGGGAUAUGCCUAUCUUGUUCAAAGAAGUACAAGAUAGAUUGGAUCGAGCGUACUAG